UGGCCCUUCUUUCUCUUCAAACCAGAAUCAGAUUUUGUUUUUUUUUCUUUUCUUUUGGAUAAACGAAUUGAUAUUGUUAGUUAAAACGUGAAGAAUGUACAAGGAGUGCCCACACCCAGAUGAGAAGCAAAAAUUACAGUUGAGUAGGAAGCUGGGACUGGAACCCAGACAGAUCAAGUUUUGAUUUCAAAACAGAAGGAUCCAGAUGAAGGUGUGUUCAACAGUGACUUUUUCUCUUUUUCUAUUUCUUCUCCUUCCUUCCUUCAUCUUCCAUAACAAUUGCAGCAAAGUCCGUUAAGAUCAGCAGUGGGUUUUUCUUAAGAUAUGGCAAAUACGGUUGAAUAACGGUGAUUGCGUCCUGUUAUCGGCGCAAUCGUCCGUUCCCGUUUAGUUACGGACGCAAUCGACCGCUAUCAGUGUGAAUCGUGACCCACCGCAAAAACUAUGAAUAAUGGUUUCGGACGGUGGCGCGACCGCAAUAUUGCGGCCGUAAUAUCGUUUUCGGAACGCUAUUUGAUACCCUGGCUGAGCGUGUGGGACAUAGGGAAAAUUUUAUGAGAGGUCUUAAUUGUUGGAAGACAGGCAUCGAGCACGAUAUUUCUAGGUUGCAAGCUUCUCCGGAACCCGAUUUAGCAAACAAUCUGGAUUGCUUGUCAACAAAAGAACUAAUGAAACUGAUCCAGGGAAGAGGUCGUACUGCAGCUGCUGUUGUCUGCAGUCUUGCUCAAGGACCACCGAUGAAUAUCACGGAAGAUGUAGUAGGCGUGGUAGCACUACUUGGAACAGUUUGCUCUGUUCAACUUAGCAGGAUUUUAUCCGAGUACUUGGGCGAAGAUCAAAUGUUUGCGGUUGUAUGCAAAUCCUAUUAUUCAGCGGAUGUUCAUGCUCUUGAGCAGCAUGGGCAUAAUGGUGAAGUUGAUUCUAGGUUCGGUCUUCAUGCAAAAGCUACCGCUCUUGGUAAAUCUUUAAGUGGCAGAUUUCUUGUUGUCUGCCUCUAGGAUAUAAGGCCUUAUCCGGGAGGGGUUGAAUUCAAUGACCCUCAAAAGAAGUUAGUCUUACUAGAUCCUAGCUUAUCAUUUGGACACUGUCCUCCGGGGUUUAUCGGCUAUGCAGUUAACAUGAUUAACCUAGAUAAUUCUACCUACAGAAUUGAUUCCGGCCACGGCUUGUGUGAGACUCUUUUUACAGACUUUUUGGUAAGGUUAAGUAUACGAUACGAGGAAACAUAUGGAAAAGGCUCGUAAUUGCAUAAAACAUGGUGCUGUGUCUCUGGAUGGAGGGAUUCUGAGAAAGAAUGGACUUAUAUCUCUUGGAUUCAGUCGAGAACAGGAACGUGUCUCCUCAAAGCAAGAAAAUCAUGGAUCAAAUCAAGGAAAAACAAAUUGAACUAACAACCACCUUGCAACAUAUAGAGAAAUCAAAUGAAAAGCUUAAGAGAGACCUCCUAGGCACAACAAGAAAAAAACCAAGUUCCAGAAGUACAUGGAUAAUACCGAUGAUGCGAUCAACGAUAUCGUAACUAUGAGCCCACUGCAAUACACCCAAGAGCUCGGAACUCCCUCCCAAUCAACUCCGAGGUAUAUGUGCCCACUGCAAUACACCCAAGAGCUCGGAACUCCCUCCCAAUCGACUCCGAGGUGACUAUAUUUCUAAUCGACUGCUCUUUAUUCGCUCGAUAGUUCUAUAAAGAUAAUAUACACAGGUUAAUUCUCGAUAGUUUCAUGUUCAUAUAUGAUCAAGCUAUUUGCAAAAUCUGUUGAAAUGAUGGGAUCUUCUCUUACAGCUGAAACAUUAGCCUUUUUUAUUACCAAGAUGUAUAUUUUAUCAUAUUAAAUGAUC